AUGACUAAGAAAUAUCACUUUACGAUUGUUGAAAACAAGUUAAAGAGGGAACAGACCGGUAAAAUUGUACAUAAUAACCGGCAUAAAAAAAAAAAGAAGAAAUCCAAAAACAAUCAACAGCAAUUGUCUAAAAAUGGUAAAGUAGUAAACAUAAAUUUAAAAUCAACCGAUUUCUCGAAAAAAUAUUGUGAUAGAGUUAAUCAUACCGUAUGCAAAGACAAAAAAGAAUUUAAAAAAUCAGAAAUAAAAACUAUAGAUGCCAAUGUUAAUUUUGAAAACACUGAUAUUGAUUUGAGAAAAAAUAAAAAAUCUGAUAAUUUGAUUGAUGAAAAACCAUUGAGCUCAAUUAAAUUAAGAAAACCAUACGUGUUUAAAAAGCGGAUUAUUGGUCGAUCGAAAAAUUAUAAUUUUAUUUGUUACAGUAAUCGUUUUAAUCAUUUACCUGAAAACCAUAAUUGUAUAGAAUUUCGUAGUAAACAAAACCAUAAAAAAAUUUAUCAGACUAAUUGCCAAUUAAAUAAUGAAAAGCUUAAUGAUCAACGUGAUAAUUCAAUUAAAGUAGUCACGCCUUUAAAUGAUAAUGACAAUGCAAACAAAUGUUCAAAUUCAUUUUUUUUUACUAUUCAAAAUGAAGAACCAUUAUACGAUAGGAAUUUGAACUGUAAUGAUACUAAAACAAUGUGCAUCAAUAAAGAAACCAAAUACACUAAAAGUCUAAAUUGGCAGUAUACGGAAAGUUCUAUAGAAAACCACAAAAUGGAAAAUUUCAAUGAUUACCACGACAAACAUAAAUGGGGUUUUUAUAGUCAUAAUGGUCAAAAUACUUAUAGUAUAAAUAAAACAGAAAAUUCUAAAAGAAAUAAAUAUAUCAAGAACAUAAAACCAAUAAUAGAAUCGCUUCACACGAACGAAUACGAAAAAAGUUUGGUUUACAUAAGUUCUGAUUAUUCAGACCAGGAAAGGCAGGAAAUAAUUGUAAAAAAUCAAAAAUUAAAUCCAGAUAUCAUGGAUAUUAAUUUAAAUCCAUUAUCUAAUUCAACAUUUAUUAACACAAUAAAUCAGCAAAAGUUACAAGAAAAUAAACUUAAUAAUAAAAAGGUAAUA